GUGUGAAUGCGCUGUCGCCAGGAAAGGAAAGGUGUUUUCCAUGUCUCCCUGAUUGGAGCUCGUGCAGGUUGGAGCUGGGCGGAGCUAAGCUGAGGCUGGACCCUUUUUCCUAAUGACUUGGUGACCGUAGGAGAAGGACAGGUGUAUAUAAUUACCUUAACGAUGGCUCUGUUCCCGUCAGGUGCCCAGUCUCCAUGUUCAGUGCAGUCCUGCUCGUGCUUGGCUGCCUGCUGCAGAGGAACCUAGUGACCACAGAGGGGCAUCGUGGGACCAACCGCCAUGUCUUCUAUGCAGUGCAAAUGGACGGAGGCACCGGAGGCACCGGAGCCGCCAGGGCCCUGGCUGAGAGGCACGGACUGGAGUUCAUACAUCGGGUUGGCAGCCUUGAGGAUGUGUACACCCUUAGAGACAGCAGGGGGCGCACUGACAGAGCCACCUUUGAGAGCAGACUUUCUACUGCAAUAGGGGUUCAGCAGGUGCAGAGGCAGCACGGUCAUUAUAGAGACAAGCGGGUUCCUUUGACGGGACUGGACCUCAGAACCACUCACGGUUCCCAGAGGAGAGAGUCUGCAUCCGACAGGCAGCCGGAGGAGAAUAAGAGUGACCAGUCCCUCACCUUCAAUGACCCGCUCUGGCCCAUGCAGUGGGAACUGUUUGCACAGGGCGAGUACAACUCCAGCGGGGUUGACCUGAAUGUGAUGCCGGUUUGGAUCAACAACGUCACCGGUGACGGAGUGGUGGUCAGCAUCAUUGAUGACGGUGUUGAUCACACAAACAAAGACCUGAAGAGAAACUUUGAAGCCCUCGCAAGUUUUGACCUGCACGCUUCACACGGUCCGUCACAUGAUCCGAUGCCAGUUAGAGACGAGGAGAAUAGUCACGGGACCCGAUGUGCAGGGGAGGUUGCCAUGGAGGCCAACAACUCCUACUGCGGUGUGGGCAUCGCCUUUAAUGCCAGGAUCGGAGGUAUCCGCUUGCUGGGCGGCUCUGUCACCGAUGCCAUGGAGGCCACGGCGCUGACCUUCAACAUCCACUUCAUCGACAUCUACGUGUGCAGCUGGGGCCCGCGAGACGACGGGGCCACGGUGGACGGGCCGCACGGGCUGACGGCGCGCGCCCUCCGCCUCGGAGCGCACGAGGGCCGAGGUGGGAAGGGCAGCAUCUUUGUGUGGGCGGCAGGUAAUGGCGGAAUGCAACGGGACCACUGCGGCGCGGACGGCUAUGUCAACUCCAUCUACAACAUCGCCAUCGGCGCCGUCUCUCAAACCGGGAAGCCCGCCUUCUUCGGCGAGGCCUGCCCCGGUGUGAUGGCCGUCACUCUGACCGGGUCCGGCGUGGGAGGCUCACUACCUCUGGUUAGUGUCACCGUGACCAACAUGGACGACGGCUGCGUCACACACUUUCCGGGAACAUCCAGCGCCGCUCCGAUCGCUGCGGGGAUCCUGGCUCUUUCGCUGGAAGUGAAUCCCGAGCUGACGUGGAGGGAUGCUCAGCAUCUGAUCGCCAAGACGGCGAAGAUCCCCGACCCCAAAGAGCCUGGCUGGAACAUCAACGCGGCAGGAUACCAUGUCCACCAUAGGUAUGGUUUCGGUGUGUUGGAUGCAGGGCUGAUGGCGCAGCAGGCCGCACACUUCAACGCCGUGACUCCCCAGAGGAAGUGCAUGCAAGAAGGCACGCUCCAUCCUACCAGGAUCCUUUCCCCAGGAGGCGUGGUCAGUGUAAACAUUCAAUCAGACGCCUGCCUCGGGAGCACUGAUGAGAUCAACGCUCUGGAGCACGUUCAGGUGAGAGCGAGCGUCAACAGCGUGUGUCGCGGUGACCUCUCCAUCAGCCUGGAGUCUCCAGCUGGCACCGUGUCCCUGCUGUUGGAUACGCGGCCCAACGACGCCUCCUCUGCUGGCCUGAAAAACUGGACCCUGAUGACGGUGCACUGCUGGGGGGAGCAGCCACGGGGCCUCUGGACCCUCCAGGUGACUGACCACAAAGGCAGCGUGAUGGGCUGUACGAGGCCGGGCGACGAAGAGGCAUCCGGAGCCGUGCUCCGUGCUACACUCAUCCUCUACGGCACCUACCACCCACACAGGACCGCGCACGAGGGACCCCUGCAGAGCAUUGUGUCCAUGGGGUCGCGUCACCCCGUCCCCCUCAGGGGGGUGUACCAGAGGGGCCGUUACCAACCUCUGGACCUGAUUCAAUGGGUCUACCAAAUGGAGAGAGACAGGAAGGUGCGGGCAGCUGAUAUCAGGGUCCCAGCCAGACACAAGAAGCCCUCCAUGGAGUCAAGAAGGAGUGUGAAGGAGCCUCAUGGGACCAAGACCAUCGGGGACAAUGUGGACAGAGAGAACAGCUCCUUACCGUCACAGAGUCUCCAGGAUGUCGUCAGCAGUCGGACUCUUCCGGUCCACGAGGAGGAGAAACUGUGA